AUGAGUUUAUCCCCGCGUCUGUUCAGUAGAGAUAGGCUGCAGGAGUUUUCAUCCCUGCGGCGGGCAGCGCAGCACCAGGCGGAGUGGUUGGGUGAGUCGAGGUGGAAGGGCAACGAGGCGGCACCGGUGUCGCCCGCAGAGGCCACACUAAACGGCAACAGCGAAAAGGGGAUGCAUGGCCACGCGAUGUCUCCGUGGAUUCGCGCGUUGGAGCACUUUCUGGAGCUGGAAAACACGAUCAACCUCAAGAUUGAGCGGCUGCACGAGCAGCAGCGGGCGUUUCUCCAACCGAAGUUUCUCUCCGAUGAGGAGGAGGAGGCGCAGCGGCAACAGAUCGAGGAGAACGCGCACGGCAUUCAGAAGCUGCUUCGGGAACUUGAACGCAUGAUCAUCUCCGGCAUGCGUCCACAGGACCCCACCAAUGAGGACGAGGUGAGGGCCUCGGAAAACGCCAAGAAACACCUCUCCUCUCGCCUAUCAAUGAUUAUUCAGUCUUUUCGCGAAGGACAAGAGCUGUACGCCACACGGCUACGGCGAUGUGAAGAGAAGACACAGCGAUACAAGCAGAUUGGUUCAUGCGAGGCGCAUAAACGAAUGGAGCGGGAAGAAAGGAUUGCUCAAUAUCUUGAGCUUGGAUAUACGCAGGUUGAUAUCCAGGAACUUCUUGAAGAAGACGCGAAACAAAAGGAGCUUAGUCGCGAGGUUCAAGAAAUAUUGAAAAGUGUUACGGAGUUGCAUGAAAUGUUUAAGGAAUUGGGCGCAAUGGUGGUGGAGCAGGGAAGCAUUUUGGAUCGAAUUGACUUCAAUGUGCAGCAAACACAAAUAGACGUAAAGAGAAGCGUUGCAGAGUUAAAGAAGGCACGUGAAAAACAAGGUGGUUGUUGGGUAAUGUGA